AUGUCAGAAGUAGUUGAAACCUUAAACUUAAAAUCAGAACGAAAAACUGAAUACUCAGAAACUGGCAAGGCACGAUGAUAUGCGAUUCAAAGCUCAAUAUAUGAGUGCUUCUCUCUGAUUUUGAAUUCUCGGGAUUCUCUCCCAACGCUUAAGAUAACAUCUCAAAAGCUACUGGAAGUUUUAUCGAGCUUUAUAAUAGCUCUCCAGCUCAUCAGUUUAAACUGAAAAAUUCAUCCAGAAAUAGAUGAUUUCGAUUCAUACAAAAACUAUUGAAAAUUCCUUGGAUAUGCAAGCUUUGAUAACAUUUGCGCAGAUUCAGAUUUUCUUUUAGGGUGCUAUUUUGGGAGCCUAUUAUUAAUAUUUAUCACAGCUGUUUUAGUCUCAAUUAUUUACUCUUUGAAGCUAAUGAACAAGAGAGUUAGCUCAGUUUUAAAAUUUAUGGCGAGAAACUGUAUAAAAUUUGUUUCCAUCAUUGGGCUUAUUCCAAUAAUUACAAUUUUUACUUUAACAAUAAAGUAUUCUCUAAACAAUGGAAACCAGGUAUAUGAGUACAGAUAUUGCAAUUCCUGCAAUUUAAACCGAAGUCCAGAAGAAAUUCUUGCAAGCAUUGUUUGUUUGUGUAUAGUAAUUUUAUUUUCUGUCACUUAUCAGAUCUUUUCUGCUGAAUUAAGACAUACUUCUAAACAAGAAAAUAUAAAAGCAAAAGCCCACUCACUUUUGGAUAUUGAGAUGGUUAUUUUUUCAUUGGUGAGCACAUUUAGCUUUACCUAUUUAAAUACUUACAGUACUUUUUAUUAUAAAUAUGUGUUACUAUUAUUCCCAAUAAGACUAGUAUGAAAAUUUUUCUACCUGAUUCCGUAUUAUAAUUCAAUUGCAAACGAAAUUUAUAUAACAAAAAAUGCAAUGAUAGGUACGGCAACAGCAAUCUUCCUAUUUGGAAUAGCAAUAAGCAAUGCAGGAGCCAUUUUUUUAUUAUUUUUAAUUUGUAUACCAAUUACGGUCGCACUUUUACUCGAUAGAUUUAAAAAUGUUUUUUCAAAAUUAGGAAAAAACAAUUCAAUACCGCAAAAUCAAUACGAAUUUGAGUUGAAAUUUAGAAAUCUGCUAUCUGAGCAAAAAGAGAUUAUUAUGCAUGACUUUAAAGAAGUAAAAUCUUUUUAUCGAUUUAUACAUGAUAAGCUUAUAGUUAUUUGGGAAACAAAUUAUUGUCUGUUUAUAUUACAGGAUGAAAGGCUGGCGAGGAUCAAGCUAGCCAAGGCGAAAGAAAUGGGAUUUUCUAUGGAAGGGAAUUUUCAAGAGUGACUAUGCUUGAAAAGCUUUCAAGAUGCAAAAGUAGAAAACAAUGAAGAUGUUAAUAUGAUUUAUUAUCUUUUAGAAAUCGAAGAAGUAAAAAAAGACGACGAGCUGCUUUGCCAUUAUAUGAUGAGAUUUUGGAGAGAAAUUACGACAAAGGGGCCCAAACUAAGCGCAGUUUUUUCUUUUUCAGCUAAAUUGACUCGAACCCUGGAUAAAGUGAAAAAAGAGUAUGCAAGCUUAAUUGCACGAUUUCCUCAUAGUGCCAAUUUAAAUGAAUUGUAUGGAUCUUUAUUGCAAGACUUGCUUGGAGAUUAUGAGAAUGGCGCAAAGCUGCUUAGAAAAAGGGAAAGCUUGAGAGUAGUUGAUAGCCAGCAUUCUCAAGAUAAAUUCGUGCUUUUCAAUGAAAUCAAUGGAAUUAUGCUGGUUUCAGCAGAGAAAGCAUCAUUUGGAGCAAUUACAUAUGUUAACGAAAAAGCAGCGCAAAUACUUAAACAAACAGCUCUUGGUAUAAUUGGCUCAAAACUAAGUAGCUACAUUCCUUCCCCAUUUGAUCAAAACCAUGAUAAGCACAUGGAAAAUUUUAUAGAGAACUGCGUUAAUCCAGAGGUAGGCUCCAGUAUGGCGAUUUGUCUUCAAACUGCAAGAGGAUACUUACUCCCUAAAUGAACUAGUAAAGCUUUUUCUAGCUCUUGAGGAGGUUAUUUUUUUUUCAAAAUAGAGACUUUUUCAAUGCUCUUCUCGCUCAAGGAGGGGAAAGUUAGUAGAAUGUCGGUUAAAAAUCUGGCUUUCAUCAGCAAGACGUCAGCUCUACUAUAUGGUUUCCAUAAAGCAGAUUCAUAAAUCUCGCCAAAUUGCCUUAAUUUCAGCGAGUGGAAUGAUUUUCAGCCACAGUGAGAUGUUUCCUCACUUUAUUGAUAACACCUCAGACACAUUAAAAGGAAAGUUGCUUUCUGAUUUAAUUCCAAAUUUCGAUAUCUCCUUAAUAGAACUAAAUGUUCCAAAGCGCUUCUCAAUCAAUAAUAAAGAAAUCCUCCUAGUUCACUCAGAGUAUUCAAUAAACAAAACAAUCGUUCAUUUUAUAUUUCUUAUUCACGAAAAGCAUGAAAUAGAUGAGUGGGCUCAUAAAAGUCAAGAUUAUCUUUACUCAGAAGCCAAAAAAGAAUUAAAUUCAGCUACAUUAAAAGUGCCUAAUAAAAAAGUACCUCUAAGUCAUUCAUUUUCAAAUGAAAAGAAAGCUAUUAUUAACACCCUUGAUAUAUCAGUGGAAGAGACUGAAAUUCCAAAGGAAAUAACAAAAUCGCAACUUUCAGCCAGCAGCGCUUCUUAUAGUAUUUCAAGUAAUGCUUAUUUAGGCUCUUUAAGCAACCGUAUGGCGCUAAGGUCAGAAAAUAAUCUUAAAAUAUUUAAGUUUACAUUACUCAUUACAGUAAAAACUAUUCAGAUUUUAGUAGCAAUGGCGAUGAACAUUAUUAUUCUCUGCUUUAUAUUAAGCCAAAUUAAUCAUUCAAAUGAUUUGAACGCGAUUAAGCAUCUUGGCGUUAUCCUUUUUGAUUCCAGUAAAAUUGGCUAUUUAUCAAGAGCUCUAGAAGUAGGCAAGAAUAGGAAGAAUUUCAAUUACACUUAUUAUAAAAACUUAUUUAAUGGCGCAGUUGUAGAGGUUGAUAAUAAUAGAAAUUUUCUUUUUGAAGAUUUACCGAAAUGAGAUUAUUGCUCCAGCUCUGAAAUCAUUAAGAAAAGCAUAAUUCCAAUAUGAAACCCAAAUUCAAUUGAGAAUAUGACUUAUCUCAAUCUUUAUGAUGCUGUUUCAAAUAUGCUUUCUUAUGUAAUUUUUAUGCAGGCCUACCCAUAUUCAGGGCUAAUCGAAAAUGACUUAGACCAUAAGGACUCUGAAUUUUAUUUGAUUGUGAACCACCUGGGUCAAUUUUACAAUUAUGUCAAUGGUUCUUUCUCUGGGUUCAUAAGUUGCGAAAAGGACCGUCUUGCUAGCGAAACUAUGAAUAUCAAUUAUUUAACAAUUAUGGGAUUAUGUGUUUUAGGAAUUUGUACAUUGGUUUUAAUUCCAAUUGCUAAGCGGCUUCAGGAUAACUUUAAUGGCUUACUCAAUCAUGUUAAGAAACUAGCUCAUAGCUCGUAUUAUGAACUGCACCAAAACUGCUUGAACAGACUUUCAACAGUUCAUGACUUUAGCCAAGACAAUGAAGACCUGAAAAGACCAAAAUUUCAAGAUGUUGAAAUCAAGAGCAGAGAAGGAUAUCAUUUAAUGCUCCUUUGUUUUGUAUUUAUUUUGUUUUCUUCUGGAUAUUACAUAAUAGUCACCUUUUGGCUUUAUCCGUCUUGCACUUCCCUUUUAGACCAAAGAUUCGAUUUCAUGGAAUUUUGGUAUGUCCGCAGCGCCUCGAUAUCUGAAGUAGCUUUUUGAACAAGAGAGACAUCAUUAAGAGGCAACAACACACUUGAGCAGCUGCUCAAUAGCCAUUACAAUUUUCAGAAGCCUCCUAAUGAGCUAUUCAAUGCUAUUAAAAAAUUCAUGAUCACCAGUAAAGAUGUCGAGGACCUCGAUAACCGAAAUAUGUACUCAAGCUACUUAAUACAGUUUAUUUUCGAAAAUCAGACAAAUCCAAAAAAUAUUAUGUGGAAAUACGGGUCUUUUCCAGCUUCUAAUGUAAUUAUUCUUGAUUCAUAUUACCAAGCGUUUUCCAAUGCGGCAAUUCCAAGCGACUUAGCUUUGUGAUAUACUCGGGCAAGCAUAUUGCAAAACGCAAUCAAAAAUAUCACUGAUAUGGCUGAUAUAGCAUCCAAAACAGUGAUUGAAGAAAGGCUAAAUGAUAUUAUUUACAUUACUGCAGGAUAUUGCGUAUUUUGUGUCUUGCUUUAUAUUUUCUUUUAUACUCCUUUUGUGGCUUUUGAAAAAAGGAAAAUUAGUAGACUGCAAUCGAUUACUUCUCUAGUCCCUUCGGGGUUAUUACAUAAAUUAAAAUGGCGAUACAUGCCAACUUGCCCUCUUUGCACAAUAGUCCAAACCUUAUGGCCACGGCUACAGGCUCAAGAGAUGUGCAUCUAGGUAGGUUUUGGCUGCUUUCCUGUGGUUGGAAAUGGAUGUACUCAGCAACGUCCUUUUGGAUCCGAGGACCUUUGAGCAUUCCUCUACCGAGAACUGGGGGUUUCGGCCCAGGCCACAGGGGAGUAGUCUUUUUCCUGUAUUUGUCGAAGGAAGGCACUUCAGCACUCGGCAGACUCCAAGUAAUUGAUCCUUGGAAUCAAGCUACUCCAAUUGCCAUUAGUAGGGCCGCAAAAACCCAUAAGCUGCCCACUCAAGAAUGAAGCCGCAAGGCAAGUAGGAGACAGAAAGUACCAGAAGUGGCAUCCACUUUGAAAGACCCUCUUGGCUGUAGUUGAAAGGUGGUAGAACCUCCAGUAGGGGAGAUCUUUGGUGACUGCGUCACCAAUAUGGCUAGCGCCUAGCUUUAAUAACCUAACUAACUCUUCGGGGUUCUUUCAGAAGAAAGAUGAAGUAUCUCAUGAGUUUUUAAAAACCAGUUAA